CAGCUGAUAAGUGGUGGCCGGGACUCUGGGAAGCACAAGGGGUGGAGCCCGGUGGCUUUUCUGUCCGGACACCCCUGCCUUCCCCUCUCUCAGCCUCCCAUUCCUUUCCUCUGUGACUCAUGUAAAGUGAUUCAAUUUCAGGGAAAGAGGUUCAUGUGGACUGAGGCAGAGGCCUGAGAGGACGGGCUGGGGAAGACACCGUGAUGCCCUCGACCCCCUCCCACAAAGGGGCCGCCUGUUCCAAGUGCAAAGGGCCCCUGGAGGAUGCAGUGACCGCCGCCUGCGGACACACCUUCUGCCGGCUGUGCCUUCCUCCACCCUCCCAGAUGGGGGCCCAGCCCUCCGGCAGGGUCCUGCUCUGUGCCCUCUGCGAGGAGAAGGAGCCGAGCGAGACCCUCCUGGUCCCCAUGCCCCUGGGCCCUCUCGGGGAGACUUACUGCGAGGAGCACGGCGAGAAGAUCUACUUCUUCUGCGAGAACGACGCCGAGUUCCUCUGCGUGUUCUGCCGGGAGGGUCCCUCCCACCAGGCCCACGUUGUGGGCUUCCUGGACGAGGCCAUCCAGCCUUACCGGGACCGUCUCAGGAGUCGGCUAGAAGCUCUGAGCACAGAGCGAGAUGAGAUUGACGACAUGAAGAGCCGGGAAGACCAGAAGCUCCAAGUGCUCCUGGCUCAGAUUGAAAGCAAGAAGCAGCAGGUGGAAGGGGCUUUUGAGAGGCUGCAGCAGGAGCUGGGGGAACAGCAGCGCCUCCUGCUGGCCAGGCUGACGGAGCUGGAGCAGCAGAUAUGGAAGGAGAGGGACGAGUAUCUCUCCAAACUCUCUGAGGAAGUGGCCCGGCUGGGAGCCCAGGUCAAGGAGCUGGAGGAGAAGUGUCAGCAGCCAGCAAGUGAGCUUCUGCAAGAUGUCAGAGUCAACCAGAGCAGGUGUGAGAUGAAGACUUUUGUGAGUCCAGAGGCCAUUUCUCCUGAUCUUGUCAAAAAGAUCCGCGAUCUCCACAGGAAAAUACUCACCCUCCCAGAGAUGAUGAGGGCUUUCUCUGAUCUUUCUGUUCUUGCUUUCCUCAGAAAAUCUGAUGCAUCAUUUGGAAACAGAAUCAGGGGUCGUCACUCUGGACCCUCAGACGGCCAGCGGGAGCCUGGUCCUCUCCGAGGACAGGAAGUCUGUGAGGUACACCCGGCAGAAGCAGAACCUGCCCGACAGCCCCCUGCGCUUCGAGGGUCUCCCGAUGGUGCUGGGGUCCCCCGGCUUCUCCUCGGGGCGCCAUCGCUGGCAGGUGGAGUGCUGGGCCAGCACCUCCCCGGAGACCGACCUGCCGCUGAGCGACAUCCCGCGCCGCGUGGGCGUCGCCCUGGACUACGAGGCGGGGCGCGUGGCCCUGCUGGACGCCGACACCCAGGCGCCCAUCUUCACCUUUACCGCCUCCUUCUCCGGCAAAGUCUUUCCCUUCUUCGCUGUCUGGAAAAAGGGUUCCUGCCUAACCUUAAAAGGCUGAAGCGGGCCGUCCGAUGGGCAGUGCGGCUCCCGGGGAUCCAGCGCCGACACCUGGAUGAUUUGUUAGGACACGGGAUCUCCGAGUCCCUAUAGUUUUGUCAUUUUUUUCAUUUUAUUUAUCGUAUGUCUUUCAACUCCCAGAAGUCCCUGGUCACCCCACUGACGCUCCUGCCUUCUGUGCAUCCCCGAGAGGAGAACCAGAGAUAGGCAGGUUGCGACCAGGACAAUCAAGUUGAGUAGUCAGUGGGUUUUUUUGGGGGGAAAAAAAAACCAAAAUAAAAUUUUUUUAAGUUUCAAAAUAACCGUCAUGGGAAAAGCCAGAACUGUGUGGAACUUGCAUUAAUGUAUCCGGUUGACUGUUUUUAUUUGGACAUACACAUGGAGAUGCUUCUACCUCUCCGAUCUUAGAGUCUCUUCAUCCAGCCCCAAGUGGACCCAGGUCCCCUUUCUUUCUGGUCCUUUCUCUUGUAGGGUAUGUCCUAAUUUAGUGUGCAACCCAACCAUCCUGCGUCUGGAGUGUCUAAUCGGUGCUGAUGGGGACAGAAAGGCCAGUGGAAUCUCUGUGACCAAUACAUAUCCUGUCCCUUUUACUUAGGAUUUGCCUGAGGGCAGGCUAGCCAGACCCCACUGUUCAAUAAGAGGAGGCUUGUGUUCAGUUCCAACUCACCUCUUAAACAUUUAUUAUUGUUACUGUUGUUAUUGGACACAGAAUCUGACUACACAUUCAAGUAAGUUCACAAAGUGUGAAUCUCUGUAGUAAUGACGAUGAUUCACACACCACCACCAUCACCACCUCCACUCUACUUUCUGAUUCUAGCUCUCUUUCCUUUCAAGUUUAACACUUAUUUUCCCAUCCUCCCAGCCCAACCCUGGAAAAAAAUCUACCUUCUUCCCCUAUCAGGGUCUCUCUAGUAGAAAUCUAUGUACAAGAUUACCUUUUGUAUCCUAUGAGCCCUGUUCCUGAAUGUGGGGUCAGAUAUUUUCAAGAUACUCCAAGUGCUUGUACCCUAUGUGAACUGCAUUACAAAGCUGUAAUAUGAAUCAUUGCUAUGUGAAUAAUUACCGCCAAUUUCAGUAGAUUAAUAUAAGUCCUUGAUACAAAAGAAGCAAAUCCGAGGUUUUCUGUCAUCACAGGCAGAACCACUCUGUGUAUAACCCAGAAAAAAAUCAAAUUGUUUGAUAGUUUAACCUAGUACUAGUGGUAGGGAAAUAUGAAAGCUGAGUUCUAUUCAUGGAGCCGAAGAAUGAAUCCUGCUAACUUGCAAACACUCACGCAGGCAAAGUUUAUUUUAGAAGUUAGAGAUACAAAGCCCUCAGUAUAGACACUGAGAGGGGUAAAGAGCCCCCAAAAGGCAGAGAUUACAGUAGUUUUGUAUCUUUACUAGUAUUGAUCUGUACAUUUUUGGUUGGCUCAUGACUUUAAUGUAUGUCAUUUUUGACCAACUGUUUAAAUGUCUCAAUGUCCAGUUUGUCAAUUUAUGGUUUUCUUGGAUCCCUCAGUUUCUCAGUUUCUCCAGACAUUGCGACGCCAUCCCUUGACACUUUCUCAAGACCCCAGAUCUUUAGUUAGGGGCCAGAUGUCUGUUUAGGAGCUAAUUGUAGCUAAUUGUCUACCUGGAGUUUUUCUCUUUGAUAAACUGCUGCUGCUGCUGCUAAGUCGCUUCAGUUGUGUCCGACUCUGUGCGACCCCAUAGAUGGCAGCCCACCAGGCUCUACCAUCCCUUGAUAAACUGGACAGCAGUUAAUGAUUGUCUUGUCCUGGGUCUGAAUGUUUUAUGACGCUUCAGACCAGGGAGGCAUUCC